AUGUGGUUUAUGCUGCAUGCAUGUCUUAUGCGGUGUGCAUAGACGUAACACUUAUUCUCUCUGUGCAUAAGGAAGUGUCGGCAAUGCUUUUUCCAAAUAAAAAGGUAGUCCUAGCACAUGUGAGCUUUCAUGAACAGGCUUAGAAAAGCAUUAUGAGAAGAACACAGUGGGAAAGAUUCCUGGUACAGGAUUACGAAACCAUUCUAUGAAGCAGAGGAACCAUUAUCUGACUUUUUUGAGUGAAACAAGUCUGCUUGUACUUUGUAGUUAAAAGUUUUAGUAGAGUGUUUUGUCAUCAUUUCAGCGCAACAAAAGAAAAGUUUGAAUUUUGGCCCAAUUUUGCUUUCAUUAUCAUAAUAACAGACUGUUUUGUGCUAAAAAUCAGAAGCAGCAGGUAAGUUUUUUGACAACUUCACGGUAGAGCAAGGCCUCACUCAUAAUAAUUGGCCUCUGCCUCUAAGUGCAAAGGCUGUGCAAACAGCUCCUGUAACUUCCUCAUUCACAAUUGUGGUUUUAGCUGUGAGAGCAUCUCCCUUUUUGCUGCGCUUGUCAUUUGCCGCCUGCCUUCAUUUUUUAACUGCAGCUUGCUGAGGCAACAGCGAUGGCAGGCACCAUUGCUUUGCCACUCCAGGACUUCAUAGCAUCAUUAGACAAUACCACCCUGCCAAAAAUUCUUCAAGUAUGCUCUGGAGUGUAUUUCCAAGGUUCAGUAUAUGAAAUUUCUGGGAGUGAAGUUUGCUUUUCUACUGGGGAUCUAAUCAAGGUCAUCAGGAUUGAGCUCCAGUCAGUUUCCUGUGAAGACAUCAGUAACAAUGAAAAAUUUGAGCUGCCUAUCAACCACACAGGCUUAUUCAAAGUCAUUCCAGAGGAGAUGCCGUACAGUUCAGUUGAGGAGAUGCUAAGUCUGCGGCCUGUAGGCCUUGAGUCCUGCCUUCCCUUCACUUUCACUAGCCAUUCCAAGAUGACCUUUGGCCCACUCACUUUAGGGGCCGGGACAGUUUUGACUGUGCUCACCAUCGAGCGGCACCAGGGUGAAGAGGAUCAAGUGCGCUGCCAUGUUAAAGGACAACAAGAAGCUGCAGCUGAAGUGCUCAUUCCUCUUAAGUUCCAUGGGGAGUUUUACGAGUGUGAGAGUGAGGAGUGCUUUACUCUGCAGGACAUUAUGUCUUCCCCCUUCCUACGCAGUCGAAGGUUUCACUUCAUUAACACCACCAAGUAUGAACGACCCCUUAUCCUCAGUCCAGUAUACCAAGUCCAAGCCAUCAUGAGUUUGAGGAAGAAUGUGCUGAGGUUCCCAUCCAGCUUAGAGGUGGAUGUGGUUGAUGUCACUGAUAUUUGUAAAGAUGUCAAUUUUGUGACACCUCUCAGCCUUACAGAGGUCAUGUCUCAGCCAGAUGAAUCGUUCCCUGUUGUAGUGGAGAUAUUAGAAGCCCCAGAGACCCGCUCAAUGUUCAAAUGCGACUGGCUGCCAAAACUGAACAAAACUGAACACCUGGUUUUGCACAAGAAAGGAACCACAGCCAUGGUUCUGUUGUCCAGCUUGAAGAGUCGGAAGACAUCUCAGUAUUUCCUGGUGUCUCAGCAGUAUGGUGGAAAAUUUCGGAGGCGGCCGCGAGAGUUCAAUUCAGUGUAUGAGCUGUAUGUCGCUUCAACGCAGGCACCAGAUCUGAAGGUCAGUGUAACAAGGAACUGUGAGGAAGUUGAGGAAGAGGGCCUGCCUGCCCUCAGUGUUGGCGAACAGCUACAGGUUGUGGGCUGUACCAGAAUGGAGCUUCCUUGUGAAAGUAGUAAAGAACAAAAGCAGUCCAUUGAGACUCUUCUGUGUCACCGUCUUCAAGAGCAAGAUGACGACGAUGAUGAAGAGGAGGUGAACGAGGGUAGUGAGAAAGAGGAGGUUUUGCUGCCUCUCUAUAUGCAAGGUCACUUUGUGGAGGCACUGGGUGAUAAGAAGAAAUAUAGACUAAAUGACUUGGGUAAGGAGUUUAGUUUGCCACUGGAUGUGAAAGUGGUGAGUCGUGACACAGAACUCGAGACUGAUCCACUAUUUGGGUUUGCUCUCAGGAUAGAGGGAGCAAUGUUGGAGCCCACCAUCCAGGCGAGCUUUCCACACAGGCCCGACCACUGUUUUGAGAUCCCGACUCAGUAUCUCUCCAUGUCUGUUUCAUUCACCAAGGACCCUCUGCCAUGGCCUCAAGAUCAGCCCCCCAAGUGCUACAUAGAAAGAGUUACCGAAGUGACAGAUGCAUUCUUUUAUGAAUUUCGCAAACGGGGUAACUCAGAUGAGACUCCUCCACCUCGGCCACCAAAGCGAGAUUUGUCAUCAUUGAAGGUAACCAAGAAAACAUCAAAAGCAGCAAAGAAAUCCUCCAAAAGCAAAAAAUCCAAACAUCAACCAGGCAGCAUCCCAACUGAGGAGUUAAGUAAUUUGACUUUAAAUGACAAAAGAAGACCUCCAGCUCCACCACCUCCAGAUAACUUAAAUGAUGAACCUCCACCGAUCGCACCCCGAAAGCCAGACGCCAAUAUGCCGAAAGGAAAGGCUCUGCCAAACACUUAUGUAAAAAUACAGCAGUCUCAAACAAAAGUGCCUCUGUGUGAUGUACCUGCAGAUGUGGAGAGUGACCAUGACUAUGAAAUUGUGGAUGACUCUUUGGUUUCUAUGGUGAAGACGGCACAAGAAAACGCCAUGUUCUACUAAACUCAUUUAUUCUUCUGCAGCACUGAAAUCUCUCACAUGGUUAGUGAGAACUAGAGUGACUAAGCUAUUAUAGUAUUUGUGCACUCAUACUAAGAACUUUUCAGCUGAAUUUCAAACUAUUCAAUGUCAUCUUCCUGAGAGUAUACAAGUACAAACAUAACAAGUACUUGUGAGACACUAUCUUGGAGUGUUUUGACACUUUGUCAUGUGCACUGUAAGAUUUCUUACCUCUUUUAUUUUUCCUUUGCUAAAAGUAUUUGAAACUUUGACCAAAAAGUGGCCUCACAUUUUAAACAUUUCUACAGAGCAUGUAGAUUAAGCAAGUGGUAGUAUGGGCAUGAAGCAGCUUGUAGUUUUGUAUAGUUUUAUUUCCAUUGUGCAAUAUUACAUAUUUACUGUAUACCCUUUGUUUUGGUGCAGAGUAACAGCAGUGUCCCAUAGAGAAGUAUUACACCUCAAUCAUUAGCUUGUUUGCAUAUACACUUGUGCAUUAUUCAAACUCUUAAUAGGAAUCAGACUUAAUCCAGUCAUAAGAAGUUAGACUGAUACCUGUCACAGAGCAGAUUACUUCUCCCUCCAACCAUCAAAUAAUGAUCUGACAAAUAUUUGCUCUGAAUUGUUCAUGUUAGCAUAAAAAAAAUAUCUCAGUAUCAGUUUCUUUGAACCCGUAUGUGUUAAACUGAUCAUUUAGUGACUAUUCUGCUGUGGCAAAACCAACCUUGUUAUCGUGGUAUUUAUAAUAAAAUAUAACUAAUGUUAAAUGUUUAAUGUAACAAAUGAUAUGAAGUGGUGUAAAUGUCCAGAACAUAAGUCAUUUAGGGUUAUUUUCAUUUAAUAAAAAGAGCUCUUCUUUGACAAACAGAAGAUCGACUGUAUUUUGUACUAUUUUUAUUUUUUUACAUACGGAAGUUACAAAGACAAAAAUAAACUGAGUGCUUGUAUUUCAAAUCUUUAAAAUUAGAAACUGUUUUACAAAGGAAAAUGUGUGCACAAAGAAAGGUGAGAUUGACUGUUAGCUGCAAAAGGACAUUACUGAUAUAAAAGCAGACGCAACCUCAGGAAUACAGGAUGUGGAAACCAAUAGUCUCAGCUCACUCUGCUCAUCUACAAACAGGUGCCACAUUAGCAUUAAGUAUUAAAGAUUUUAUGAGUACUUUUGCAGUGAAGAGGUCAAAGAUUUUGUUGUUAACAGUGAAUUAUAUAUUCUAUACCAAUACCUUUCUUCAUACAUAUAUAGUAGUAACUGGGGACACAAAGGUCAAACUGUUUAAUCAUCACUGUCUGUUGACUUAAAGUGGUCUUCGUCAAUGGUGGAAAAAAUGUGACCUUCGUUGCUCAGGAAUUCCACUGCUUGCCUGUAAAAGCACAAAGACAAAUUAGACUUUAGAAACUGACACAAGUUGGUGUGCCACCAUCUUUUUCUUUAAACACAUUUUUUUUUUUUUUUUUUAACAAAUAAAGCAGGCCAAUAAUAAAAUGCAGAUCUUCCCCAAAUUACAGGCAUAUGUCAAAUAGAAGUUAAUUCUGCUUUUUCAAUGCACUUCCUUUAUCUUGAUUAAUCCAUCCAUAAAACUUAAAGCAGAAUAUCUCUUACUUGAUUAUACCAAUACUCAUGCCACCGAGUCUGUGCUUGAGAUCCUGAAUGCUGAUACCCUGUGGGUCUGGGCAACUUCUUAUCAAGCUCAGCACCUUAUGAGACAACGACAUAUUAACCACAGUGUCAGGCUGCAAAAAGAAACCUUUUCAGUCUAGUGACUUUUCUUUGAGAAACACCCACUUGUUUCUAAGUAAUUCCUUUAUACAAUUGAUAUUUUACAGAAAAGAGACUGAAAUUCCAGGGGACUUUUGGUGAUUGCUAUUUCUUUCAUUUAGGCUUACCUGAUUCUGAUUUGCGCUUAAACCAUUAUUGAUCACGUUGUUAGCCCCUGCGUAGCUCCCUUUCACCCCUUCCAUGGCUGGCCGUGACACGGAUGAACCAGUAGUGCUGAGUCCUCCACCAGCACCUGACUGAAAGAUAAAUUAUAAAAAGUUUCCUCUUAACAUCCUCAGAGACAUUCUCAAAAAAAUAGAGCCCAUGUCCAUCGGGAGAAAAUCUGAUCAGAAAACAUGUUAAAAAUACUGAGUUAUCUUAUCUCAUUUAAAAAAUUUUUUAGAGCCAGAUGAAAUGUAAAGUCACUGAAACACAAAUGGGAAAAAAAGUGGCAUAUGUUAUGGCAUACGUUGUGUUUAAUUUUGUUUUCCAGAGCUCUCAGUAACUAUCAGUCACGUGUCUGUAAGAGACAUCAUAGAAAUUUUGCUUAAGUUCAACAGUAAAAAAAAAAAAAAAAAAAACAAUGUUGUUACACAAUCUAAAAGAGAUAUAGAGUGUUUUAUCUGGUCCUAAUGAGUUACACGGAG